AUGAUACUGCUUCUGGCUUCUCUAUUAUGCGGGAACACAAUAUCCUAUCAUGAGGGCUCUCAGGAUGUCUUACCCGUACGAGUACGAGUUAUACAGAGGGUGGAUGUAUCUGCUGGGAAGGAGAAAUAUAUAAUCUUGUCAACAUUUCCAAAAAGACCUACUGGAGAAGAAAUCAACGACGCAUUUGAAGGAAAAACUAGAAAUGAAGCUACAAGAGCUACCAGAAUAUGGCUUCUUAAGUGGCAAUACUCUGAGCCAAAAAAACAGACGUCGACUAAGAAAUGCACUAUGUGUCCCUAUCAGUCUAUCAGGCAUAAUGAAUCUGUUUCCAGGGCUUCGAUUUGGGAAAAUCGGAGAACAAGUUGGGGUUUAUUCAGGAUGUUACUGUGA